CGUUGACGCUGCACCCCAUUUGCUCACCCCUACGCUCCUUUUAGAGAGAAAAAAACCAGAGAGAGACAAACACAGAGAAGAAAGAAAAGAACAGCUUUCCUUUCUCUUAGAACCAUACGCUCCUCUCUUUCACUUUUUCUCUCUCCUUCUCUCUUUGAAUUUGUGUUUAUGAAGUUUUGUAGAGAGAGGGAGAGAUCGUGGUGUGUGAAAUCUUGCCGAUUUUACUGUUUCAUCGGUUUCCUUUUUUUUCUUUUUCCGGUUAUGCCCUUUGCUUUUACUCACAUUAUCUUCUCUGUAUUCUUUUCUGAGCUUUAUUCGACGCGUAAAGUAAUAGUUUUCUCUCCAUUUCUCUUCAAAGCUACGUUUACAGUUCGGCUUCAUUUCGAGCUUUCUCUGCUUAGUUUAAUUUAUUUUCCCCCUUUUUCUCGAGGAAAAAAAAUUGAAGUGAUGCGGAGAAAUUAGCUUUCUUUAGGAAUUGCUCAAGCUCGAGAUUUGAGGAAGAAAGAGUAAGGUUGAAGUAAAUAUCCCUUUCAGCCCUUUCAGGCCAGAUCAGAGCGAAAUCAGAGAAAGAGAACUGAAAAACGACAGCGUUUUUUACCGGAGAAGGAAAAUACAGUCAGUACUCAGUAUUACCUCAUCUCCAAUGCAUUGAACUGUGUCCACUAACGGUCUGCUGACAAUGACACGGUAUUUGGAGACUUUGAUUUUCCUUUGUCAGGAUCUGAAAUUAUGAGAUUUUUUUGUUUAAUUGUUGGGCGGGUUGAGAAGACCAAACGUGGGAUGUGAGAAAUGGUGUCAAUUGGAGGGACUGAACUACCAAAGAUGGAGAAGAUGCCAAUGGCAAGUGCACGUGAGGAGAAUAUUCUUGUUUUGGUGAGGUUGAGACCUUUGAAUGAGAAGGAGAUUGCGGCAAAUGAAGUUGCAGACUGGGAAUGCAUCAAUGACACCACCAUAUUGUAUCGGAAUACCCUUCGUGAAGGCUCCACAUUUCCAUCUGCCUAUACUUUUGACAGAGUAUUUCGGGGUGACUACUCUACGAGGCAAGUGUAUGAGGAAGGAGCCAAGGAAGUUGCACUUUCAGUUGUCAGUGGUAUUAACUCAAGUAUUUUUGCGUAUGGGCAGACAAGCAGUGGAAAGACAUACACCAUGACGGGGAUAACUGAGUAUACGGUAGCAGAUAUAUUUGAAUAUAUACAUAGGCAUGAAGACAGAGCAUUCGUUUUGAAGUUCUCAGCAAUUGAGAUAUACAAUGAAGCUAUUAGGGAUCUUCUUAGCAUGGAUUCUACUCCACUUAGAUUGCUAGAUGAUCCAGAGAAAGGGACCAUUAUUGAGAAAGUUACGGAGGAAACACUAAAGGACUGGAGUCAUCUGAAGGAGCUCCUUUCCAUUUGUGAAGGUCAAAGACAGAUUGGGGAGACCUCCCUGAAUGAGAAGAGCUCCAGAUCUCAUCAAAUUCUUAGAUUGACAAUUGAAAGUUCUGCUCGUGAAUUCAUAGGCAAAGAAAAUUCUACAACUCUUUCAGCAACUGUGAAUUUUGUUGAUUUGGCAGGAAGUGAGCGUGCAUCUCAGGCAUUACCCACUGGGGCAAGAUUGAAAGAAGGAUGCCACAUAAACCGUAGUUUACUGACUCUAGGAACUGUCAUUCGCAAGCUAAGCAAGGGGAGAUAUGGGCACAUCAAUUAUAGAGAUUCUAAGCUGACACGGUUACUGCAGCCUGCUUUGGGUGGAAAUGCUAGAACUGCCAUUAUCUGCACUCUGAGCCCUGCUCGUAGACAUGUUGAGCAAACCAGAAAUACUCUUUUGUUUGCUUGUUGUGCAAAAGAAGUUACCACAAAGGCACAGGUCAACGUAGUCAUGUCAGAUAAGGCACUGGUUAAGCAUUUGCAAAGAGAGUUGGCUAGAUUGGAGAGUGAGUUGAGAAGUCCUGUCCCUGCUUCUUCAACCAGUGAUUAUGCGGCAUUACUUAGAAAGAAAGAUCUUCAAAUUCAAAAGAUGGAGAAGGAGAUUCGAGAGUUGACCAAGCAACGGGAUCUUGCUGAAUCCCGGGUUGAGGAUUUGCUGCGAAUGAUUGGACAGAAUCAAACUUCAAGAAAUGGGGCUGUGGUUGGCCCUCAUCCUAAUCAGCAAGCAGGGCAUACAUGGGAAGAUGAAUAUGGAGACAGUGGGAGCAACAUGGAGGAGUCCUACUAUCUUCAGGAUAAUAAUGAUGACCAUUCUGUGUCUGAUGGUACUUCUUCACUGAUGUCAAUUGGAAAGAAGUUUGUUAGAUCCAGUUCCUGUCAGAGUCUGGAGGAUACCGCUGUUGGACCUGCAGAAAAUACUGAUGACUACUGCAAGGAAGUUCAAUGUAUUGAAAUGGAUGAGACAAGAAGAGAGAGCAGUUUUGAACCCCAUUCUAUAUCAAAUGGUGAAAAUGAAGGGACAUUAGCUUUGACAAUGUUUGGGGAUGAUGCAGCAGCAGGGCAACAAAUAUCAACUCCAGCAAAUGGACGUAGAGAAGUGAGUCGCAUACAAAAUGGUUUCACAUAUGACAUGUUGGAGCAGAGGCUGCAUCAUGUACAAAGGACCGUAGAUGAUCUUGUCAGUCCUGACCCUGAUGAAACAUCUCCACAAUCCUUGGCAGCUGAUAUUUCAAGUUCCAGGAACAUGCAGUUAACAAGGAGCUGGAGCUGUAGAGAGAAUCUCAUGACUGACUCUUCUCCCUAUCUUGGGAAGGCAGAACAAAUUGAGAGCACCCCACCAAAUGGUUUUGAGAAAAGCUUUUCUGGGAGGCCGGAAGGUGUCCGAAGGAAGUUUCCUCCACUAAAUUAUGGUGCUGACCCUGCAAGGUUAUCAAGAAAUGAUUCUGAGUCUUCUCUUGGUAGUGCCUAUCCAGAUGAUUUAAGAUCACAGAGCAUCAAAACUUCUGCAGAUGGGGAUAUACCUAGCAUCCAAACUUUUGUUGAAGGACUGCAGGAGAUGGCCAAGCAGGAGUAUGAGAAGCAACUAGUUGAUGGUCAGGUUCGGGAGACAGACCAAAUGGAUCGCGAAUUUGAAAAGAAUGCGAAAGAUGUUGGAUUGGAUCCCAUGGGUGAAGCAUUAGAAACUUCUAGUGAUUGGCCAUUGGCAUUUGAGAGGCAGCGGGGAGAGAUAAUUGAACUUUGGCAAACUUGUAAUGUUUCCUUGGUUCAUAGAGCUUACUUUUUCCUGCUCUUUAAAGGCGAUCCAACAGAUUCUGUAUACAUGGAAGUGGAGCUUAGGAGACUUUCGUUCCUUAAGGAAACACUUACUCAAGGGAAUCAUUCUGUGGGAGGUGGUUGGAGUCAGACAUUGACAUUGGCAACAAGCAUCAAAGCCCUUCAUAAGGAGAGAGGAAUGCUAAGCAAGCUGAUGCAAAAGAGGUUAUCAGAAGAAGAGAGAAAGAGAAUCUACCAGAAGUGGGGUAUAGGGUUGAACUCAAAACGUAGGAGGCUACAAUUGGCUAACAGCUUGUGGAGCAACACGAAGGAUAUUAACCACAUUAUGGAGAGUGCUGCCAUAGUUGGAAAGCUGGUAAGGUUUGUAGAACAGGGGCAAGCUCUGAAGGAGAUGUUCGGGCUUAGCUUCGCACCCCCAAGCACAAGGAGGAGGUCCUUGGGCUGGACAUACAGCAAAUCAACUCUUUUAUAGGUUUGUUCUGUGGCAAAUGUAUACCAACUAGAGCGGUGAUUUGUUGAAAUAGGCUAGGCCAUAUAGCAUUCUUUACACGUGAUUGUUUAAGAGUUGUAAAAAUUUUAGCUUGUAUCAUGUUCAAAGUUGAACUCGGUUUUGCCCAUUUUGUUCAUGUAUGUUGCUCCUGGUUUUUUCUGUUCC